AGGAACUGUCAGUAAGGGAAAAUUGGGUAUUUGUAGUGUGAAAAGAGAUAUGAACUUCAUUAAAUAGAGAUGUUCUAAUAUUUUUCAAACUUCCUUAAUUGGUAAAUGUUGCAAUAUUAGGGGAACGAGGGAAGUAUAUAUUUUUCAUUCUUUAGAUCCCUGCUUCUCUCCUUAAGAUUAUGUGUAUGGUGUUAUAUCAGUUGGUAUUAGGGUGAGGGUGGUUUGUUAAUGGUUUUGGUGAUAAUGGUGGUCUGGCAUGUCUUGGUAAGGGGGCAAGGAUGGUGGUCAUGAUUGACUGACGUUACAGUCUGGCGAUGCGUUUAAGUGGGUGGAUGGGUGGUGGGCGAUGGGUUAGGGGAUGAAUGGGCAGCGCCGCUGGUGCUUCAGUAGGCGGUGUCCUGGUGGGUCAGUUGGGAAAUGAAAUGUGUGUCUGGGUAGUUUAGUAAUGUAGAUUGAGGUAUUCAACAAUGGCUUUGGGUGGUUAAAGAAUGUUUUAUUAGGGGGUAAGGUGAGUUAAGUGGUAGAGACAUGUUACCAAAAAGGGAAUGGGGUAAACUCAAUGGACAACCAAAACAGGAAUAUGGGGCAAACUUGGAGGGACAUAGGGAGUACUAGUUAGAAGUAAGCUCACUACUUCACUACUUGUAUAGUUCCAAAGACUUUACUUUGGUGAAAUUGAACUACAUGGCCGAGUUGAGGUAGGCAUGAUAUCUUUAUAAUGAUUUUAGGACUAGAUGUCAAUUGAUGGGAAAAUAAGAGUCGAUGACAAAAAAGUAAGAGAGUUGAAUGCUCCACGGAAGCCAGGUUUCUCCCCUUGUCAGUGCUCUUGAAGAGAAAUACACAAGUAAAGGCAAUACUUGUCCUCCACGACCAGGAAAUAGAAUAAAUGGUAUUUUGAUGAGUAAUUUACAACAUAAAACGUCUUAGACUAAGAGGCCCUAAAAGAAAACAUCUCUUACUAAGAAAGCUUUUUGUAUGGAGACAUGGAGCUACUAUUUGCGUCUUGACACGGGUAAAUGUGGAUGCUUAGCAUCUAAUUUUCACCCUUUUAUUCAGAUGAGGAGCGAGAUUCCUUUAUGGUGUUUUACCUUUCUGAUUACUGAGAAGGCUUAUGAGAGACCUGGAACUACCUGCCUUCUUUGUCGGUGUAUUUUAACUACAAUUCUCUUCCUCUCUGUUUCCGCAGCUCGGUUAAUAAUGAUCAUCUAGCAGAGUUUGACAGCAGUUUACUUGUUUAUUUGUUGUCUUAGAAAGACACCAAGUUGCUUUCUAUUAGAAGCAGAGACACAUGAACUUCACUUGCAGGGUAAGCUUAGAACAAGCCUCACGAGAACUUUCAGAAGGGAGGCUAAGCAUUGUUGAACUGUUAAUUAGAUGCAUCUCAUAUGAGUACCAAUGAUGUUUUGAUGCUUUGUAGUGAGAUGAGUUGGCAUCAACUUCUGUUAUCUGAGUGUUUUGGUUGAGAAGAAGGCAAGAAGCUGAAAAUGACUGCAGAGAGUGACUAAAGUUCUGUGGUUAUGUGUAUUUCCUAGGGACCAUUUUUUGUUGAAUAAACUUUUGUUUCCCCCCGUCAAUUCCGGGUUGAUGGAAGAGCUUUUAAAUGCUGUAACGUGGAGAAGUUAUAUGCUCCAGACUAUUGGUAUUCACAGGCAAGCUUUUAAAAUUCUUUUGGACAUUCAAGCAGAUGGAAUAUAUUACUUGUAAUUAUUGACGAGCCCUCUGUUUGAACAAGUAUCUUGUGAGUCGUUGGGUUGGACUUGGAUCGUGAUGCCACAAGAACCCCAAAACUGAUCCCGGCAUCACACAUGCCUGUUUAUGAAUAUAAUAAGAUAUGCUGAGUGAUUGGAACUCUUGGAAUAACCGUCAUCCAAAUGAGUAAAUGCCGUAAAUCAAAUAUCUCCAACUGUAAAAGUUAAUGCGUCUAUCCCACGUAAUUUGAAAGUUGGGCUCUCUCUUGCUUUUGAUGUUCUGCAAACUUUCAUGAUAGCAUGACAUGGAAGGAGCAUACCUACUAAGUACACUGUUUAAUGUUUUGGGACAGGGACUUCAUUUAAAGAGAAGAUGUUUCAGGACAGAUUGUAUUGGUUCUGCUUUUAAUAUCAAGGGAGCAAUGCAAUGCCCAAACUGUCGGAAGAUUGAGAAAGGUCAGUGGCUUUAUGCUACUGGUUGUCGUUCAUUUACAGAUAUUAUGGAUGACUGGCCCCACGAUGAGGAUCUUUAUGACCUAAACUACUCUGAGAUGUUUGGAGUUCAAUGGUGUCCGUUACCGUUUUCACGGCUUCCCUUAUUGGAGGAGGGGGAGUUCCCAUCUACUGCUUAUCAUGAUUUUUUGGGUCAACAAGCCGUUUUUGCUGAACAUACAGCUGUUUCAUCUUCUACACAUCAAUGCCCCUAUGUUGCAUAUUAUGGACCAAUUCAUUCCUCAUCCUCAAACUCUGUUGGAAGUGUAUCUGAUGGCUCCAAUUAUAGUAAUCGUUGGGGGGGGCCAUCUGGACCCAAUGAAAUGCCAAAUUCGUAUGCCUUUACUGGCAUGGACCCUCAUUACCAUGGUUGGGAGCAACAUUCCCUGAGCUUCUCAGCUAGUGGCACUCGGUUGGGUGCUUCUGAUCAACCUUCAGCUCCAUCUUUGACUCCGAGAUCAUCUCGAGUCAAUUCUGAUUUAUCUAGAUCAGGGUCAUUUGUCCAUCCAUUUGUCAUAAACCACAGUUCUGGCGGUAGGGUCGGAAGUUCAGUCACCUCAUCAAUGAUUCCACCAUAUCCAGGAAGUGCAGCUCGAGCUCGUGAUCGUGUACAAGCUCUUCAGGCAUAUUUUCAGCCACCAAGCAGUUCUCCUCCACCGAUGUGGGCACCCAUUAUGUCAAGUACAAGAAGAUCCAGUGGUCAUCGAGGUAUGUCCCAAGGGGCUGCUCCAAUGCCCUCAUCAUCUGACCAGUCAUCCGGAGGAUUCUUUGUAUACCCACCAGGUUCAUCCACUCGGAGCUUUCCUGAACCGGAGAAUCCAACAUCCAGCAGAUUCCACGGGUGGGAAAGAGAUCAUUUGGCUUCUUUUCCAUUAAAUCAGGGUGAUAGAGAUUCCAGUUGGCUUCCCCACCAGGUUGUUGGUGGUGGGUCCAGCAGUUUCAGACAAAGGCAUGGAUCUGAACGGACACCACAAAACCGGUCAUGAAAGACCACCACCACCCCACCCCGUCCAUCCUUUUUCGUUUUUGGGUGAAAGCGGAAAAGAAAUUGGAAAUAUUACAACUGCAGAAACCAAAAGAAGUAUGUAAUGUGUGAAACUGUGCAGAAUGGUUUUAAUUUGGUGUUUCACUAGGUCAAGCGAGACUCCUACAUGUUGUUGAGUGGGUCCUGAAAUGGUCCUUUUGGCAUUAAAAAGCUUAAUUGCUUUUGAGGGUAAGUAAAAUAAGACAUUGAAUCCUGGAUGACCUGUGGUUUUUGCGGGGAGGUGUCUGUAUGCCUUAGGAAGUGAAGUGGAGUUAUCUUGCUAGAAUGCCUCAAGGUUUGCGAGUAAAGGGGGAACUGAACUCUGUUGCAUAAACUUAAUCCCCGUAUAUUUGUGAUAUUUGUAUGCUAAAAUUCAUGAAGUUCUAAACA